UUUUCGUUUCUUCUGUGGAAGUUCUUGAAAUCGAUCUCAGAGAAGAAGAAGAAGUGGAAGCUAAAUGACUUCGUUAUCACGCUUCUAAAUCUGUGAUAUUAGAAUGCAAGGUACUGAGAGUGAAAAAGUUUUCGAAGGAUUGAAUCUGAAUCCUCAGCUCUUCGUUGAUGAAGUCAUUAAUAGAAUUGACGAUACAGUCGACGGGGCUUUCGAGUUUUUCCAACAAGAGGCACUGAAGCUUGUGACUGAAGAUGAAUCAAAUGAGCUACGGACGGGCAUUUCUUCUAUCUGCACUGUUGUGCAAGGAGCUUUAGACAAACAGAUGGAUUUGUGGGAGAAAUACUGUCUUCGACAUUGUUUUGUUGUUCCUGAAGGAUUCACAUUGCGCAAAGCUGUAAGUACAUACAUGUUCAGAACUGCGUCUAUGUUUUCAUAGCCAUUGAUGCUUCAUGAUUCUCACUCUAGUUUGGCUGAUUUUUUUUUAUUUGUCAAACAAAACACUUCUGGUGACUCUCUGAUGGAAGACGAUUUACUUGCUGAUGCAGAGUUAGACGAUCAGUUGAACUCUGUGAGGGAGAAACUUCAUGCGUCUGGAAAAGAGUCAGCUGAGCUGCAGAAGGAGCUGCAUGGAUUAAAGCUCCAGAACAAUUUAGGCCAAAAAUUUUCCGAAGCAGUUGCUGAGGCUUUGCAACCAUAUGAACAAAAUUCUGUUCAUGAAUUGUUCGAAGAGAUGCUUGGAGCAACACCAACACUCCAUGAGAAAUUGGCAAAAAUGAAUGCGAAAAGAAGGGAGGAAGUUGAACGCAUUGGAAAAGAGCAGAGUAAGGGUGAAAACUUCAAUGCGUUAACUUAUGAUUCAACAGGAGAACAGUAUAUGAUGCAGCAGCAGAGUAAAGGUUUCCCAGCAGUGGAGUUACAACUUCUUGGAGAUUUUAUCGCUGAUUUUAGGAACAUUUGAUCGGUUCUAGAACUUGCUGUAUAUUUUCAUGUAGUAAAGUAUGUUUGAUGUUCCUGCCUUUUUGGAUGCUUCAUCUGUAAGGGAUACUAUCACAAACAUUUGUAACUCUUUUGGUGCUUUAAUGAAUAGUUGAUUUUA